CGCGCGCUGGGAGAAGAAGCAGAAGAAGAAGCAGAGAGAAGAACGAAGGAGGCGGGGCAAACCGUAAUCCUAUGGAAACAACAACCGCUUUUCACUUCGACUGAAACAAAACCACUACGCCUCUGAGAGACUCUCCACGCUUUCGUCAAUGAAGCCUCUUCCAAUAGCGUCUUGGACCUUCGAUUCUCUGCUACUCCUCUGCGUUUCGCUGGUCGUUGUGCGUGUUGCUGUUGUUAGAGCUGAUGUUUCAGAUUCUUCGGCAAUCCAGCGAGAUGUCCAUGGAUAUCAACUAUUAUUUGACUGUGAGCAGUGCCUGGGAGGAAAGGAAGAAGAUGCUUCCUCUGUUACUGGACUUGGUUCUGUUUCAGAUCAAAAGGAUAUUGACAUUACAGUGACAUACACGGACACUAGUGGUGCUGUUCAGCUUAGAAGGGUGAAAAUGAAAGACCUAUCUGCUUCUUGGGUCUUAGAAAACCCUAACGAUGUAAAGCAUGUCCAGCCAAAUAGUUUGCAGACAGUGAAGGACUUAUCUUUGGAAUUCAAGGAGAAAGAUGAGAAUCAAUCUGGACUAGAAGAUGGAAUCCAAUAUCCUCAUUUCCCAUCAAUGAGUCCAGUGAAGCUCAUGCGGAAGAAAAUGCGGCAAGAAAGGAGAAUUCUUCUAACGGCAGAGCUACUAAGCCAAGAUAAAGAAGCUGACAAUCAGAUGGUAGAAGCAGCAAUUGAACGCUCUAAAAAUCUUGACACCACUGUCAAGGGAAAGUACAGCAUAUGGAGGAGAGACUAUGAUAACCCUAACUCUGAUUCUACUUUGAAACUCAUGAGAGACCAGAUCAUAAUGGCAAAAGCUUAUGCAAACAUUGCCAAGACCAAGAAUGAAAGUAGUCUUUUUGAUUCUCUCAUGGCACAAUCCAGAAGAAGCCAGCGAGCUAUUGGAGAAGCAAAUUCUGAUGCUGAGCUUCAACCUAGAGCUCUUGAGCAAGCGAAAGCAAUGGGCCACAUUCUCUCUAUGGCAAAGGACAAAUUAUAUGACUGCUCUAUUAUGGCAAAGAAAUUUAGAGCCAUGCUUCAAUCAACCGAAGAGAAUGUAAAUGCACAAAAGAAGAAGAGUGCAUUCUUGAUUCAACUUGCCGCGAAAACAGUCCCAAAGCCAUUACAUUGCCUUCCUCUGCGGCUCGCAGCAGACUAUUUCCUUAUGGGAUAUCAUAGCAGAAAGGAUGAUAACAAAGAAAAGCUUAAAAAUCCUUCUCUAUACCAUUAUGCUAUCUUUUCAGAUAAUGUCCUAGCAACAUCGGUCGUUAUCAAUUCCACAGUACUGCAUGCAAAGGAACCUGAGAAACAUGUUUUCCAUGUUGUCACUGAUAAACUGAAUUUCGCUGCCAUGAAAAUGUGGUUUAUCGCCAACCCUCCUGCAGGAGCAACCAUCCAAGUUGAAAACAUUGAUGAUUUCAAGUGGCUGAAUUCCUCCUACUGUUCUGUCCUUCGUCAGCUCGAAUCUGCCCGACUUAAAGAAUAUUAUUUCAAGGCACAUCAUCCUUCUUCACUCUCUCUGGGGUCUGACAAUCUCAAAUAUAGAAAUCCUAAAUACCUAUCCAUGUUGAAUCAUCUUAGAUUUUAUCUCCCUGAAGUUUAUCCGAAGUUGGAGAAGAUCUUGUUCUUGGACGAUGAUAUAGUAGUGCAAAAGGAUUUGACUCCUCUUUGGUCUGUCGAUCUGCAAGGGAUGGUGAAUGGUGCUGUAGAGACUUGUAAGGAGAGCUUUCAUAGGUUUGAUAAGUAUCUCAAUUUCUCAAACCCAAUGAUUUCCGAGAACUUUGAUCCGAAUGCCUGUGGUUGGGCAUAUGGCAUGAAUAUCUUUGACUUGAAGGAGUGGAAGAAGCGAAACAUUACUGGAAUUUAUCAUCGUUGGCAAGAUGCGAAUGAAGAUAGAACUCUCUGGAAACUUGGCACUUUGCCGCCAGGACUGAUCACUUUUUACAAUCUCACUCAUCCUCUUGACCGUGGCUGGCAUGUCUUAGGACUUGGCUAUGACCCGGCUCUCAACCAAACGGCGAUAGAGAAUGCAGCUGUCAUCCAUUACAAUGGAAACUACAAACCUUGGUUGGAUCUUGCUAUUUCCAAGUACAAGUCAUACUGGUCUAAAUACGUUAUGUUCGAUAACCCUUACCUUCAAAAUUGUAAUAUCAAUGAAUAACGAUUUUCCCCCCCCUCACCCCUCUUCCCUCUUUUGACACGUGUAACACAUCCCUUGUAAUUCAAUCUUGUUACCCAAAGAAAUCUUGUUACCCAAAGAAUAGAAAUAUUAAAGAAAAAAAAGUUCCAUUGCUUCA